UACACCAAUUGGGGUCACUACGUCUCGAGAACCCGAAACACCAAGCAAAGAAAGAGGCCACCUUGUACGGGGACCUGAGCUCUUCUUCUCCACCGACACACCCCCACCCUCAUCGAACCACCGACAAUGGCAGAACUCAACACCCUCGAGCAAUGGUACUACGACGUCCCCAUCGUCACGCGCGUGUGGACCACCGCCGCCGUUGUCACCUCGGUCCUGGUGCAGUGCCAAGUCGUCACGCCCUUCCAGCUAUUCUUCAGCUUCGGGUCGGUCUGGGGGAAACGACAGUACUGGCGACUUCUCACGACGUUCCUAUACUUCGGCCCGCUGUCGCUCGACUUCAUGUUCCACCUCUUCUUCAUGUCGCGCUACUCGCGCAACCUGGAGGAAUCGUCGUUCCGCGGACAGACCGCCGAGUUCGCCUGGCUGCUGUUCUACAGCGCCACCUCGCUGAUCCUGCUCUCGCCCUUCACCUCCAUGCCCUUCCUGGGCUCCCCGCUGUCUUUCAGUCUCGUCUACAUCUGGGCCCGCAGGAACCCCAGCGUCCGGCUUAGCUUUCUGGGCCUCUUCGUUUUCUCCGCCCCGUACCUGCCUUGGGUCCUCCUCGGGUUCAGUCUUCUGCUGAAUAACAAUCUGCCGAAAGACGAUCUCUUGGGGAUCGUGGUGGGACAUGUGUACUACUUCUUCUCCGACAUCUACCCUCGUAUCCGCAACGGUGCGCGUCCUUUGGACCCGCCAAUGUUCUGGCGGCGCCUAUUUGCGGGCGGCCGGGCGGUAGCCAUCCCGACGAGGCAACCUGCGGGGGGGGACCAUGACCAACACGACGACCAAAACGAGCUGGAACAGGUACUGCGCAAUGAGUGAAGUGAAGUAAUGCGAACGGAAAUGUGGCGCGGUUUUUCAUACGAUAGUACGAUGGAGUUUGGGGGCGUUCUGUACUUCUAAUUUUUCACUUUACUUUCCUACUUGAUUGAUUGAUUGGUUGAUUGAUUGAUUGCGUGCUGCGCGCUGGAAUUUGCGGGCGGCCGGGCUGGUUUGGCUGUGUGUAU